UCGGCUCUCGAUUAUUGAAGUGUUAUUGUUGUUGCCCGCCGUGUAUACUUUUCUUUCCACUUGUCCCCCCACACUUCCUCAUAUCAGCCUCUCACUAACCUGACCUCAUCCUCCAUUUCUUCCCUCUUCUUCGACCAUGAUUUGAGAUCUUAACUCUGAUGCUCCUUGAACUGUGCGACAAUUACAGCCACCGCUGUGCUCUUUCCACCCCUUGCCGGGAAUCGCGACAAUGCGCGCUACUACUCUCUUUCUGAACAACGGUUCGGGCUCCUACGUGCGCCUGCGCUCAAUCAGCCCAGCAAUUCCGGGUUCCCUCCGUUCCUUCUCCAAUGACUCCCACCCAACACUAUCUCCCAGUAGUGUUCCAUCGCCCUUGAGCCGAUACGCCCCUCGGAGGAGUAAUGACCAAUACACAAAUACGACUGACAAUGGGCUCUUGCUACCUUCGUCGGCUGCCUCGUUCUCUACCUCGUCACAGCGACACGACCCCGGCGACUGGGACAUCAACCCAAAUCUAGCGAUUUCAGACUUUGCUGAGCUGCCGUCCAAGGAUUUCGGCGUCAAUCAACAUAUGAUCAUCAAUCAGGAAUUCAAGGAAGCUUUGCGACAGAUUCUGUGGCAGUUCCGGGCUCCGAUUCGGUAUGCUUUUGCCUAUGGGUCGGGCGUCUUUCAGCAGACAGGAAGUGCUCCUGGCUCCGGCAAGUGCCAUCCGUCAGCCCCAGCAGCUAUCAAGAACAUGCAACAGGGCAAUGGCAAGAUGAUCGAUUUCAUUUUUGGCGUAUCAUAUUCACAGCAUUGGCACUCGCUGAAUUUGGCUCAACACCGGGAUCACUAUUCCGGACUGGGCUCCUUGGGCUCGUAUGCGGUGUCGCAGGUGCAAGACCGAUUUGGAGCGGGUGUCUACUUCAAUCCCUUCGUUACGGUCAAUGGAACUUUGAUCAAGUACGGUGUGGUCAAUAUCGACACACUUUGCCGGGAUCUGAGCCAGUGGGACACACUAUACAUCGCUGGCCGCCUACAGAAGCCUGUCAAGAUCCUGCGCGACCACCCGAAGGUGCGGCUGGCAAAUCAAAUGAACUUGCUGUCUGCGGUCCGGGUGGCUCUUCUGUUGUUACCCGCCGAAUUCACCGAGUUCCAAUUGUACAGCACCAUCGCAGGAAUCAGCUAUAUGGGAGACCUUCGCAUGUCACUGCCGGCAGAGGAUCCUCGCAAGGUCAACAAUAUUGUUUCUUCGCAAAUGGCAAACUUCAGACGGCUCUAUGCCCCACUCAUCGACAAUCUUCCCAAUGUGACGUUCAAUGAUCCCCGUUGUACCCAGGACGACUGGAUCGAUGACCCGGAGACGAACGUGCGGCUCACUCAGGAUAUGGACCCUGUCAAGCGUGGCAACAUGGUUCGCCGUCUCCCGGAUGCUUUCCGCGAGAAGCUGUACUUCCAGUUCCAGUCACUCUAUCAGAUCCCGCGAGCGGAAUUCAACACAAUGAUGAAGGAGCACAACGACACAGAUGAAAACCUUCGCCGGAGACAGGGUGGUCCAUUUGAGCAGCGCAUUGCUGCUGAUAAAGAGCUUCCGAAGAAAGUGCAGGCUGCAAUCAGCAAGACGAUCCGUUGGCCCAGUACCGUUCAGUCGAUCAAGGGCCUGUUCACUUCCGGAUUCAGCCGGACCAUGCAUUACCUAUGGGAGAAGAUAGAAAAGUACCGCAAGUCGGGCAAAAAGAGUGCCUCGUCGGACGCGCCUUCGGCGGACGCUUCCAAAAAAGAAGAGUAAAAAGUGGAUGUCACGAAUUGCAUCGCACUGUGCCCAUAUCCCUCCAUCUUCUUCAAAGCGCGGGUAACGUUUGAUAGACACAUUGGGGAUAUGGUUGAGGGCAUAGUGAGGCGUUGAUGAAUUUACAAGGAUCUUGGUCGGGACAUGUGUAUUUAGUAUAUCCUCCAGGGUCCCCAACACCGAAGAACAGGGCUACUCAGGAUGCUGUAUAGAAAAACAAUAUGCAAUAAAAC